UCAAUCUCCCCUCCCCGACACGAGAAUCGCCAAAUAAUGACCUUCCUAAUUCUUACUGAGACCAGUGCUGGUUAUGCCCUCUUCAAAGCGAAGGACAAGAAACUGCUCAAGAAAGAUGACCUGGCUAAAGAGAUGAGAACCCCCGAGGGUGCUGCUAGUUUGUAACUCCCCUAGCCCCUAAUAACUUUAUUUCAAUGUUCGACCGAAGCUUCUAACCAAAGUUCUCUAGACUGAGAUUGAAGCAAUUCGCAAAAUUCGACAGUGCUGCUGCGGCUUUGGAGGAGGUAUCAUGCAUUGUGGAGAAUAAAGUCUCGCCUAUGCUCUCCGGUCUGUUAAACUCGGUCAAGGAUGAAAAAAAGGCAUCUCUCGUUGUUGCUGAUCCAAAAUUGGGUAUGUUUUGUGCUCCAACCGCUGCCCAACUUUUGAAAGUAUGAGGGCAACGCUGCUGACCGCAAUGGUGGGACAUAGGAAAUGCCAUCAACAAAAUUUCUGGAUUGUCGUUUCAAAUAAUAUCGGACUCCUCUACCAAUGACCUAUAUCGUGCAAUACGCGAGCAUCUUACGGCGCUGAUCCCAGGCUUGACUCCUAACGAUGUUUCUACCAUGUCAUUAGGUCUAUCACAUUCCCUGUCACGGCACAAGCUCAAGUUCAGUCCUGACAAAGUCGAUACCAUGAUCGUGCAAGCAAUCGCACUUCUCGAUGACCUUGACAAGGAGCUUAACAUUUACGCUAUGCGCGUCAAGGAGUGGUACGGAUGGCAUUUCCCUGAGAUGGGUAAGAUCAUCAACGAUAACCUUGCCUAUGCCAAAGUUAUCAAGGCUAUGGGCAUGAGAACUUCCGCCGCUACAACAGAUCUUGCGGAAAUCCUUCCCGAGGAGAUCGAAACUGCCCUCAAGGCAGCAGCGGAAGUUUCAAUGGGGACCGAAAUCACAGUUGAGGAUCUCAACAAUAUCACACUGCUCGCAGACCAGGUUAUUUCAUUUACAGAAUACAGGCAACAGCUUUCCUCCUACCUCUCUGCCCGUAUGACUGCCAUUGCUCCCAACCUCACGGUCCUAGUUGGUGAACUUGUCGGCGCCCGCCUCAUUGCCCAUGCGGGUUCUCUCAUGAAUCUUGCCAAGUCUCCUGCUUCAACCGUCCAAAUUCUCGGCGCUGAAAAGGCCCUUUUCAGGGCUCUCAAGACCAAACACGAUACUCCCAAGUACGGAUUGAUUUACCACGCAUCCCUUAUUGGACAAUCAACUGGAAAGAAUAAGGGGAAAAUUGCCCGCAUGCUUGCUACCAAGACGGCCCUCGGUUUGAGAGUUGACGCUCUGACCGACGAUAAGGAUGAAUCAGCGGCUUUGGGGUUGGAAAUGAGGGCCAAGGUUGAGAACAGGGUUCGAAAACUUGAGGGCAAGCCGGCCGCCCCCCGGGGCAAUGCCAACAUCGCACCCAUCAUCGGCCCGAGGGCACCCGGGAAGUGGGAGAUAAAGGAGGCUAAAAAGUACAACCCCGACGCCGACGCCGUCACGGAGGAUGCACCGGCGGCUGUUCAAGCGGUAGCCGAGGCCGCUGCAAAGGCUAUCGACCAAGAUAUUGCUAUGGGCAGUGACGAUGAAGAAUCAUCUGAGGAGGGUGGGGAGGCGGAGAAGACCAAGAAGGGGAAGAACGCUCCCGUUAUUCCCACAUCCAAGGAUGACAAGGAGGGGGAAAGUGAUGGGGACGGCGACGGAGGGGAGGAAGCAAAGAAGAAGGCUGAGAAGAAAGCCAAGAAAGAAGCUAAAAGAUCCAAGUC